CAGUUACACAUGCUCAUUACUAGCACGAAAGCAUGCCACUAUUGAGCAAUUGCUACUUAGUGGUAUGUGUGUCGAAACAUUGCUAAUAAUUAGCAUGCUAAUUACGAGUAUGCUCAAAAAUCGACGGCCGUGCGAUUUUUGGGCAUGCUACCUGCGGCGCGGGUGGAAGGGGGCGUGCUUUUAGCGCGUGUAAACAGGUUUGCUUAUUGAGCAUGCUAGUAGCGAUCAGUCGUUCACAGUAGAUGCGCGUGCACAAUUUCUCGCCAAAAAUGUCUCGCUGGGGCGAUGAAAAAACGUUGAAAUUUGUAAUUUUAUAUCGGAACAACGAGUGCCUAUGGAAUCCGCAUAUACCACAGUACAAAAACAAUAUUGCAAGAAAUAAUGCAUAUCAAGAUUUAUUAACCAACAUGGACGAUUCUACUUUGACUGUGAAAAUUAUAAAAUCAAAAAUCAAGAACUUGAGGUCCGUUUACCACAGCGAAUUAAAAAAAAUUGAGAAUUCCAAGCGAUCCGGUUCUGGUGCCGCUACUGUGUACAACCCAUCUAUGUCCUGGUUUCACGAAAUGCAUUCUUUCCUUGGAGACACUGGCGAUUACAGGGACCCUAUUUCUAUGGAAUUGAUACAAGACAGAGACGAGCCAUCGCAAGAUUCACAACCAAGUGACGCUGUUUCAUAUUCAAACUCGUUGACGCCGCAAUCGAUGAAUGUGUUAUCACCCUCUCCUAGUCCAACUACAGAAGAUCGAUCACAAUCGCGUUCAUCUAAUAACUCAUCAACACGACGUAGAAAAAGAAGCUUACAAGAAGAACCCAUUACAUAUGCUCUCGAUCGUUUACAAAAUAUUAGUUCUGCUAUAAAUGCACCGCCUAAUUACGACGAAUUCCAUUAUUUUGCUCAAAAUGUUGCAGCUCAAUUGCGAACUCUACCAUUGUACGACGCAUUAGAUGUACAACAUGAGAUCCAAACAAUUCUGACUGCAGCAAGACGUCGACGCCAGUACCCAAAUUUGUCUCCCUUUACACAAACAAUGACUUUCAUACCUCCCAGUACAAACACAAAUACAGUCACUUACACACCUCCUACUACAAACACACAGACAAUGACUUUCAUACCUCCCAGUACAAACACAAAUACAGUCACUUACACUCCUCCUACUACAAACACACAGACAAUGACUUUCAUACCUCCCAGUACAAACACAAAUACAGUCACUUACACUCCUCCUACUACAAACACACAGACAAUGACUUUCAUACCUCCCAGUACAAACACAAAUACAGUCACUUACACACUUCCUUACGCGUUAUCCCAAUCAGAUUCUACUGUCUCUGAAGAAGAUUUGUUGAACAAAGCAUGGAAAAUGUGUUAAAGUUAAAUUUAGUUUAGUAAGUUUUUAAUCUAGAUUUUAAACAAUAAAUACUUGAUUUAAACUAAUAAUCACUGGUUUACUUUACUUACCCG